UGCACGGAGCGCAGCGCAAGUUGAUUUGCAGGCAGUAGCGAGUCGCUGCUUUCGUCGGGCGAGUCGUCGAGUCGUUGGGCAGUCGAGUCGUCGCGGUCAGACUGGAAUAAAUCGCUCGAGGAUUUCGGUCUCGUCCUCACGUCACACUCGUUGUCGUUCGUCGUCGUCGUGUCCCGUUGUUCCGUAUGCGCGUCCCCCGGCACCUCCUCGCGGUCGGUCGCCAUUGUCCCUGACAUGGAAGCCUACCAAAAUGGCAGAGAUCGUGCAGAUGUUUUUGUUCCUAUAUAAGUCCAAGUAUCGUCGGAAAGGCCAGUGGCGGCCGCGAUUGACGUGCGGCGACGUCCUCGUCGCCGCUGUGCAUCAUCAUUAUCAUCAUUCUUCUUCUCAUUCCCGUCACACCGAUCACCGCCACUGUGAUCGCGAUCGGCAUCAACGCAGCCAUGGCAGCGGCGAGACAACCAACGUGUCCUGGGCGCCGUUCCUACUAUGGGCGGCGCUCGUCUGCUGCCUUGUGCACGUAGGCGCCGCCGCGUCCUCCGCCCCGUCGUCGCCGACCGCGGACACGGCCUGCGAUCCCGACACCUGCGUCAACGGCGACUGUGUCAAUGGCACCUGCAUUUGCCGCGACGGCUGGCAGGGCGAGCACUGCCAGUUCUGCGGCGGCAAAGUCAGCUUAUCGGAGAGGAGCGGGAGCAUUCACGACGGUUUUGGCAACUACACGGCAGACGUCAAGUGCUCCUGGCUAAUCGAGAGCCAGCCAAACACCAAGAUACGGAUGCACAUAGAGCAGUUCGCGACGGAAUGCGGCUGGGACCAUUUGUACAUCUACGACGGCGACAGCGUCGAGGCGCCGCUACUGGCCGUCUUCUCCGGCCUGAUGCACGAGAACAACUAUCACGUGCGCCGCGUGCCGGAAGUGACAGCAAAAUCCGGCAGCGCCCUGCUGCACUUUUAUUCCGAUGUCGCGUACAACAUGAGCGGCUUCAACAUCACCUACAAGAUCAACGCCUGUCCGAGCAAUUCCUCCGACACAGACUGUUCUGGUCACGGCGUGUGUAUCGACGGCACGUGUACCUGCAACGCGUGGUGGACCGGUGAGGCCUGCGACGUGGAAGUAUGCCCGAACAAUUGUUCGAAGCAUCUUGAACAAGGCGAGUGCAAUCCAGAGAGCCAUCGAUGCAAAUGCAAUCGUGAAUACAGAGGCGCGGACUGCAGCCAAAGGAGCGACCACGGAUUUUGGGAAACUGUUACGUAUAACGGUCUGGCGCCAAACGGCUCGGCCAGUCACUGCUCCAUCGUCUGGAAGGACUCGCUGUACGUGGUCGGCGGCGAGAGUUUCCAUCGCGCCAAGAUGAUAUACUUUUACGAUUUCAACGGUAACGUGUGGGAGACGGCUCACGUCGACGGUCGUGCGCCAUUGCCGCGUUACGCGCACUCGUGCGUGCUGUUUGGCGACAAGAUAUUCGUGUACGGCGGCGUUGAGCAAAACUCGACCGUGACAAACGAGAUCUGGGCCUUCGACAUAUCCACCAAGGUCUGGGAGAACGUCACCGUGCACGACGACUGCCACAACAAGACUAUCUGUGGUCCACUGAAGGUAGCCGGACACACUGCGACUCUGGUGCAGACAAAGAACAAAAAGGAGAAGAUGGUUGUGAUAUUUGGCUAUUCGCCGCAGUAUGGUUACUUAAACACCGUCCAGGAGUACUCGUUGAGUACGCGCGAGUGGCAGAUCGUUCAGACGAGCGGUUUUCCGGUGAAAGGCGGCUACGGCCACAGCGCCGCCUACGAUACGCACACGAAUCUCAUCUACGUGUAUGGCGGUUACGUGUCGGAGUCGCAGAGCUCGAAUUUGCUGACCAGCCGGCUGUACUCGUACGACCCAAAUGAGAGCAGAUGGCGUUUACUCACGUCAGCGCCGUCGGCGCGUUUCUUUCACACGGCGGCCUUUGUCACGGGCGGACUGAUGCUGGUGUUCGGUGGCAACAUGCACAACGACACGCAGGAAUCGCACGGUGCGCGAUGCUACUCGGCCGAUACGCUGGGUUACGACGUCACGUGCGACACGUGGCAUCACUACACCAUGCCAGACAUGAACGAUCUUCCGCGAUACGGUCACAGCGCGACAGUCUUUAGGAACGACUCCGGUGUAUCGAUGUAUAUCUACGGCGGCUUCGACGGCGAGAUGCUCUCUGAUAUGUUAAGGUAUACCCCGGGUAACUGCGAGAAUAUAACGAAUCAGAAUCAGUGCCUGAACGCGCGGAUAGGCCUGAAGUGUGUGUGGCACACGCGGGAAGAACGUUGCCUGCACAUCACGAAGAUAUCGCAUCACGAAAAGGAACACGACAACGAACACGACAGUUCUUACAUGAAAUGCCCUCCUUACGACACGCCCCCACGUGGUAUGACGUCGCACGAGGAGCUCUGCAAGCUCUUCACCGAUUGCGUCGCGUGCUUGCAGACCUCGUACAAUUGCGUGUGGUGCGGCAAGAGUUGUCUGCACGAAAAGUGUCGGGACCAUCCGAAUUCGCCAAACUCGAGACCCAUCACAGAGCUGAACAAUUGUGACAAGAACACCGGCAUCGAGUGCUUGCAGUUGCACACGUGUCACGCCUGCUCCAGCAAUCCCCGCUGCAUUUGGUCGUGGUCCAACGGACCCGAUCGCUGUAAGCCGCACUCGAAAACACGAGAGGUGAGCAUAUUAAAUGGUACAAUCCAAGCGCAGCGUUUGACGGUGGAUACGUGUCGCAGUCCGUGCGUCGAGUACACGUCGUGCCGCAACUGCACGGAAUCCGAUUGCAUUUGGUGUCAGAACGAAUCCAAAUGCGUAGACAAGAACGCGUAUCCGGCCAGCUUCCCGUAUGGACAGUGUCGCGAAUGGACGGCGAUGGACGAACGAUGCCACGCCACGGAGACCGGCAGGGAAUGGUGCAGCUUCUACGCGUCGUGCUCCGCCUGCCGAUCGGAUCCCGGAUGCGGUUGGUGCGACGACGGAUCGGGCACCGGAAAAGGUUUGUGCCUGCCCGGCGGUGCCCGCGGUCCCAGCAGCAGGAGCUCGAUCACGUGCCCAUCGGAUCAAUGGUACUUCACCAAAUGUCCGAUUUGUCAGUGUAACGGUCACAGUACUUGUGUUCCAAAUACCAGUCUCUGUAUGCAACCGUGCAAGAACAACUUGACUUACGGACCGCAUUGUGACAAGUGUAAGCCCGGUUAUUACGGUAGCCCGCUCAACGGAGGGACCUGUCAGCCUUGUUCCUGUAACAAUCAAGGCACGCAAUGCACGAGCGAAACGGGCAAAUGUUUUUGCACAACCAAAGGCAUUAUCGGCGAUCAUUGCGAGCGAUGUGACGUAUCCGGCCUAUAUCACGGAGAUCCAACAAACAAAGGAUCAUGUUUCUACGACCUGGCGAUCGAUUAUCAGUUCACGUUCAAUCUGAGCAAGAAGGAGGACCGUCAUUACCGGGCGAUCAACUUUAAAAAUUCACCGCCGAAACCCGAGGUCGAUGCCGAGUUCUCCAUCACGUGCUCCGUGCUCGCCAAAAUGAAUGUCACCAUUAAGAAGGCAAAUAGCCCGGAAAUACCGUUGCUGCUGGCCGCGAAUUGCACAACGAGCAUGUACAAACAACGCUUCAGCAAAGCGGAACACAACUUCGGCAGCGAGGACAACAACACGUUAACCACAUUCUACGUAUAUGUUUACGACUUCCAGCCGCCUCUCUGGAUUCAGAUCUCGUUCUCGCAGUACUCCAAACUAAACCUGCAACAGUUUUUUGUUACAUUCUGCACAGAUAACAUGACACCGCACAGGUGCUUCCUCGCUCUGUUGCUGGUGGCCGCCAUCAUUUGGAAGCUUAAGCAGAGAUACGACAUGUAUCGACGGAGACAACGACUCUUCUUGGAGAUGGAGCAGAUGGCCAGUAGAGCCUUUAGCCGAGUUUUAGUGGAGAUUGAGAGGCGCGACAUCGAGAACUCGGAAUCGGAUAACGAUCUCACUGAUUGCUCCAAAAACAAGAAGAAUAUCCCUCCUAGUCCGAUCGCGUUGGAGCCUUGUAGCGGCAAUCGGGCGGCGGUCAUAUCUCUGUUAGUCAGAUUACCGACUGGCGGCGAGCCUUACACGCCAGCCGGGCAGAGCGCUGGCCUGGCCGUUGCGUCCGCACUAGUCACGUUGGGCAGCCAGCGCAAGCCAUCUUUGGAACUGGCAACAAAAGAGCCGAAGAAGUCGCGGAAGUCUGUCUGCCAGCAUCCGGAUUCCACUUGCAUUUAGCAGUAAAAAAAAUAAAAAAACAAAAAAAAAACAAAAAAAAAAACAAAAAAAAACAAAAAAACCCAAGCGACGCCAGAAGGAGAGAUUGCGACGGGAUGCGACGUGAUAAACUUUAAUAGAGUUGUUUGCUGUGAUCUUGCCCGUGCUUACUACGGCAGAACUAUUUUAUUUCAUUACUCUAACAAAGUGCGACAAAAUGCGAGACGAUGCGACCGCGUUGAGAUCGAAAAAGACACAGGCGAGAAAGAGAAACCGUUGUAGACGCGUGUUCGAUCGGAAACGUUUUAAAAAUGCCACAUGUAAAACUGUACAUGACGCGGCGACAUUUGUCGCCGAACGGAAGGAGAUAACUUCUCAGCCGCCAAUCGUGGUAAGUAACGCUCUGUUUGAACUUUUGAGAACUUGAGCUUUACGUAUCUUUUUCGCGCCAAAAAGGACGUUAACGAAUUCGGCUGAAUCUCGUGCUCCCUUCGCAGAUCUUGAUUGACACGCUGUACAGUGUUGUACAUAUAGACAAUUAGAUAUACAGUUUUUCUCGAAAAAGUUAAGAUGUAUCGGAUAAACUGGCCUCGUGCAUAUUCGAAAAGCUUUUAUCCGCUGCUUUUCUUUUCUAGAGAAAAGAACGCAUAUCUUCGAAUUAAAAGAUUUAGAUAAGUAAGACUCUCACAUUCGUGCGUCUAAACUUCUGCGUUGGAAAGACUAAAUAUCGCGCUCCUUUGGAAGUAUUUUUUCUUUUUUUUUUUUUUUUCUUUUUUACGUGUCUUGAUCGUUUUUUCGAGGCACAACUUUCCUGCGCAGCGGAUAGAAGCUCGCGUAAAUGCCAUAUAAGAGUUAUUCAAGAGAAAAUCUAUUAAUUUUAAUUAUCGAAACAAUUGAAUUCUCGAAGGAGUACAACGCUUCGACGUAAGCUGUAAAUAGGCUGUAUUUUUGUCGGAUUCGAAACAAAAAUGCGGAUCGUUAAUAGCGAAGAAAGACGACGAAAAGUAAGUUCGAGAGGAGAAAUUCGCUAUUUGUGCACUCGUUCGUUAAGAAAUUGUGCAUAAAAUUCAUAUUCUAAAUCGGUGUCGAGCGGAGAUAAACAUCGCAACCAAUGCAGAUUUUGAAGAAGGUACAAAUCGUGUAUUUUCGAUUUUUGCAUUUUUGCAUCAAGAUACUGUGCCAAAAUCAGCGAGUUAUUUUUUCUUGAUUAAUCGUCGUGUGACCAUUUUCGGUGAAGAACCGGAAUCCGUUCGAACGGAAGCAACUCUCUCACGUGAUUCGUUAUUUCACUUUCGCUGCAACUAAAAUUAAUGAUUGAGACAUUCAAUUAGUUACAAACAUUUCUCGCUGAGAUAGAAACUUGAGAAAUUUCGAAGAACUUGUUGUCACAUUUCAAGUUUGAGAAGAAAAAAAAUCGUCGCGUGCGGUUGCAACAAGUACCUCUCAUUCACAAGAGUUUAUUUCUACGUUUUACGGGACGAGCGAGCGACGCAUGAUCGUGUCGCGCAUUGAUUGCACGUGUGACUGUCUUUCCGAGCAUUUAAUUGACGCAAGAUAUUUUUACGUUUUUUUUCUUUUUAAAUUCACGAGGCUCCGCUUGUGUUAGUUUAGCCGUAAUUCUCGUAUUUUAUAUCUUGUUAUUAUCGGGAUACAUUUAAAUUAUAUCAUUAAGAAAAAUCGCGCAUACUUCCAUUUUUUUAUACAUCGAAUUUGUACUUGUUCCGAUUUUCGUACAACUUCGUUAACGCGGAUUGCGACGAUAGCGACUGUCGUUCAGAACCUCAUGUUCAUUGUGAAACAUAUUUGUAAGAAUUGGCACGGUCGUUUCUUUCCCACGAUAAUACCAGAGAAAAAGAGAAUCAUUUUCUCAAGACUCAUACGUACAUACAUGUUUAGAUUACGUUACUCCUACGAAAUAUGUUUAAUCUGUGUUACGUUUCUGGUUACGCUUCUCUUUUUCUUUUUUUUUUUUUUUUUUAUUAUGAAUGUAUAAUGUACAUACUUAAUUUAUAUAUCCUGCGUUGGUGCGUUGAGAGAGGAGGGGAGAUGAGUAGAUAAUAUACUUUGCAAACGAGAGAAUUAUUAUAUUACUCGGAUUGUGACGUAAGUGCAUUUCUGUUUUGACAUUUAAUACUCAUACGUUUUCUCCUAUCUUUAAAAAAUCUAUACUAAUUUAUAUAUUAUAAAAAAGACGUGGUCAGA